AUGGCGGCAACAAAUGCAGCAAUUCAGACCCUUAGCGUCUCCAUCUCCCUCCUGGCCUCCGGCGGCAUAGCGGCCCUGAGCCUCUUCGACGUGCUGGAACUGAAGUCCCAGCCGGCCUCACGCAGCCUCCCGAGCAUACGCUGGCUCUUUAGCCGGGGCUCGCACAUAUUCCCCACCGCAGCUGGGCUCGCUUGCUCAGGCUUUACAUACCUGGCCUACGGCGCGCUCCCGGCGAGCAGCCGUUCCAUGCUGCAGCUUCUGCGCCUCGGUACCAACAGCACAAAGGUGAACGGCUACCUUGCAGCAGCCGCGCUCGCCAUCAGCAUUGCUCCCGUCACGACUCUGUUGAUGAUCCCCACGAACUUCGAGCUCAUCAAGAUGAACGAGGAGAAGGGCGGAGCGCGCAGUGCCGAAAGCGCGAGGGUCGGAAGCCAUGAUUUCCAACCCGGGCAGCGCAGCGCAGAAGACUCGGUCGACGGGGUGGGCGAGGCGAACCAGUUUGCGGAUCUUACGGGGCCGCAAACGGAAACGCCGCGGAAGUCAACGGUCGAGGAUGAUGAGAAGACUAGGGCUUUGCUGGAUAAGUUUGGCAAGAUGAACUUCUCGCGGGCUGUGCUCAUCGGCGCGGGCGGUGUCGUGGGACUAUGGACAUCGUUGAUGUGA